CAUUUCAUUAUCCACUCAAUACAAAACACACAAACUCUCCCAAACCGAUAACCAAAUCCUCUUCUCCUCACUCUCUCAAUUCCCACUCAAUUCCUCUUCUCCAUUUCAACCAUGGCACUUUCUUCCACAGCAGCCACCACUUCCUCCAAACUCCAACUCCCAAACCCCCCACACUCCCACACUUUCACCACUUCCGCUUCAAUUUCAAACUCCACAACACUCCGUUCAACCACUCGCCCCAAACUAACCCUAACUCGCCUCUCCUCCUCCUUCCUUAACCCCUCCACAAUCCUCCACCUCACUCCCUCCUCUCAACGCACCAACCGUCCUUCCUCCCCCUUCACUGUCCGCGCCGCACGUGGCAAAUUCGAGCGCAAAAAGCCACAUCUCAACAUCGGUACAAUUGGCCACGUCGACCAUGGUAAAACCACUCUCACUGCUGCUCUUACCAUGGCUCUCGCUUCCCUCGGUAACAGCGCCCCUAAAAAGUACGACGAAAUUGACGCUGCUCCUGAAGAGCGUGCCCGUGGAAUUACAAUUAACACUGCUACUGUUGAGUACGAGACUGAAACUCGUCACUAUGCUCAUGUCGAUUGUCCCGGUCACGCUGAUUACGUCAAGAAUAUGAUUACUGGUGCCGCGCAAAUGGACGGCGCUAUCCUUGUUGUAUCCGGUGCUGAUGGUCCCAUGCCUCAAACUAAAGAGCACAUCCUUCUCGCCAAACAAGUUGGUGUGCCGAGCGUGGUUGUGUUUUUGAACAAGCAGGACCAAGUGGAUGAUGAGGAGCUUCUUGAACUUGUGGAGCUUGAAGUUCGAGAGCUUCUCUCAUCUUAUGAGUUUCCUGGGGAUGACAUUCCGAUUGUUUCUGGUUCAGCGCUCUUGGCCUUGGAAGCGUUAAUGGCGAACCCUACACUUAAACGUGGGGAUAACCAGUGGGUGGAUAAGAUUUACCAGCUCAUGGAUGAAGUUGAUAAUUAUAUUCCAAUCCCUCAACGUCAGACAGAACUGCCCUUUUUGCUCGCCAUUGAGGAUGUGUUUUCGAUUACUGGUCGUGGAACAGUUGCCACCGGGAGGAUUGAAAGAGGGACAGUUAAAGUUGGUGAUGUGGUUGACCUUGUUGGUUUGAGGGAAACAAGGAAUACAACUGUGACAGGUGUUGAAAUGUUCCAGAAGAUUUUGGAUGAUGCUAUGGCUGGUGACAACGUGGGGUUGUUGUUGAGAGGUAUUCAAAAGAUCGAUAUUCAAAGAGGGAUGGUUUUGGCUAAGCCUGGAACCAUUACUCCUCACUCCAAAUUUACUGCCAUUGUGUAUGUGUUAAAGAAAGAAGAAGGUGGAAGACACUCACCUUUCUUUGCCGGUUAUAGGCCUCAAUUUUACAUGAGGACUACCGAUGUUACUGGAAAAGUUACAUCUAUUAUGAAUGACAAGGAUGAGGAAUCAAAGAUGGUGAUGCCCGGUGAUCGUGUAAAGAUGGUGGUUGAACUCAUUGUUCCAGUGGCUAUUGAACAAGGAAUGAGGUUCGCUAUCAGAGAAGGAGGGAAGACAGUUGGAGCUGGUGUUAUCGGAGCUAUCAUUGAGUGAAUGAAGAUUUUUAUCCAACAAUGCAGCACCACUCUUCAAACGGGGUUUUUUAUUUAUUUAUUUUUAUUGCAAUCUAUUAAUUGACUUUUGCCCGUUCAUACAACUUGUCUGUGGUAAUUUAUAGGGUUAAAUUUUAACUUCGGGAUGAUCUUUAGUCAAAUUGGGUACUAUUUUUCCUUCAGAAUGUUUUGUUGUUGUUGUUGUUGUUACUUGCUUAUACCUGUUUGUUCUCUUAGUGUUAAUUCCUUAAAUUGCUUCAAUGAUGAGAUUUUGGUUGAGGAAUCAACCGUUACAA